GCGUUCUGGGGGCGCUUUGGGCUCAUGUACUUCAGGAUCUGGGGUUGUGCAAAGAUAUCUACCCCUCUUGUUGUAUGCCUCGUCUCACGUCUGACAAGAUGGUUUGUCUCCAUUCCUCUUGUCAAUCAAUUGUUUCACUUUUGUCUCCGUAAAUACUCAAUUGCUCCUUCUUCAGAACGUUCAAUCUUCGCUUUGGCGCCUUCAGACAACAUGGAGUUAUACAUGUCGCCGUCGCUCCUUGGAGCCUUUGGGCUUGCCACAGCACUGACCAUAUUUCUCAUAAAUGCUCUUCGCUUCAAGGUUGAUCCACGGGAACCACCUGUCAUCUACCCAAAGAUUCCUCUUGUUGGACACAUCAUUGGCAUGCUCACAGGCGGAACGACAUAUGCUCAGGAGCUCCAGUUCGAGAGAUACUAUAGGUACCCCAUUUUCACGUUACCCAUGUGGACCAGCCGCAUGUACAUGGUAGCCUCACCAGAGCUAUGCUCAGCUCUUCAGAGGGCUCCCUCGACUCUGAGUCUCGACCCAGUGAUUAGCGAGAUCACAUCUCGUAUGGUUGACUUAAAUCCGCGCACGGCUUCGAUCUUAAGGGAUCCUAGCGGCGGACAGGACGGCGGAGUCAGCCUAUAUAAGCAAUCUCACAGCAUCUUGACACCGCAAACUCUGACGGACGGCUCUGAUAUUCAACUGGGCUACCUUGGACAGCUCGUCAACGAUGUCAAGGAUGGCUCCGAAGUGGAACUUUUUCGUUUCGUUCGUAAGAAGAUCUGCGACGCAUCAAAUAGAACGUUCUUUGGUCCUAAAAAUCCAUUCGAAAAGUAUCCUGACCUUCUGGAUAGUUUCUGGGAUUGGGAGAGUGGCAUUAUACCUAUAAUGGUGGGCUUCUUUCCCAGAAUCACGGCUCGCAAAGCAUACCAAGGCCUUAUGACCUGCGCCAAAGCCUUCGCAGAAUACAUUGAAGUAGAAGGCUAUCGGGAAGCCCACUACUUUCUUCAGAAUCGCAAUAGUCUGCAUCUUCAGCACGGCAUCACUGAUACGAUAGAGCGAGGCAAACUCGAUGUCUCUAUGGGAUUGGCAAUAAACGUAAAUGCCAGCAUUACCACGUUCUGGCUACUGAGCAAUGUCUUCAGUCGUCCCGAGUUAUUAUCUCGGCUCCGCUAUGAGAUUCGCAAGAACGCUCUCUUAGGUCCGGGGUUGCUGUCGUUCGAGUGCCUAAGGCAGUCCUGUCCCUUCUUGAAUUCGGUCUAUCGCGAGACUCUACGCCUCUAUGCUCCGAUGGGUAGCCCACGAUGGGUCGCGGCAGAUACGAUGCUAGCAGAUACAUACCUUGUGCGAAAAGGUACUCUAGUUCAAACUGCCAGCAAUGCUCUGCAUCAGAACAGAGAACUAUGGGGACCAGACGUGGAGUCAUUCAAACCCAACCGCUUCCUCUACAGCAUCAACGGAUCAAAAACGAACCCCGAUGGGAGUGUGCCUGAAGACAAAGCCCAUGCUUUGCAUCCAGCGACCUUUCGAAGCUUCGGUGGUGGUAAACACAUGUGCCCUGGCCGUCACUUCGCCCAGUGCGAAAUCAUCAGUCUAUCAGCAGUGUUGCUGUUAGCUUUCGAUAUGGAAGCAAUUGACGGGACUGAUUGGAAUCCGCCCCCAGAUACGAAGAGAACACCGAUUUCUGUUAUGAGGCCAUUAAAGGAGCUCAAGGUGAGGUUACAGCGCAGGAAGGAGUUCGAGAACAUCAAGUGGAAGUUGGAGUUGUGAGUCGGAUACAAACUACAGAACAUACUGCAGCAUUAAAGACAU